GAGACCUGAUGGCCCUACCUAGAAAACCCUCGCGAAUAUUCUAAAAAUCUAGAACAUCAGGGCGUCAUCAGGUCGCCAUGAAGUCGAUAAAUGAUUAGUUAUAGGUACCGUGGAUAACGAAUUAAGGCGGAUGUGAGACAAUCCCGGAAAAUAUGAUCGUUGUAUCAUUGACAAUUGUAUAAUCAUUAUUUUAAACGCCAUAAAAUUCUCUUUGCAGAAAUAAAUAAAUAACUGUAAUGUUCAAUAUUUAAAAAACCGCAACCGUAACUCGAACCAAAAUGUUUGGUCCAAUCAAACCCAAAUAAAUUGUUAGAUAACUCCGGAUUCUUGCUGUUGCGAUAAUAGUAACAAUUUACAAAUUACGAAUGAAAUUUUCAGGUCGGCAUCCUUGAGUUACGUAAAAGAAGGGGAGUACAACGGAAUUUCGAGUUACGAAUUCAAAAUGCACAAAGAUUCCUUCGUGGCGCCGGACGAACAAGGCUGCGUCUGCAUACACGCGACAAAAGGCCUAGACGGAUCCAGCCAUUGUUAUAAAAAGGGCGUCCUGGACAUGAACAGGUGUUUGGGGGUACCGGUCAUCGUCUCCUUUCCGCACCUGAUGUGGGCCGACGAGGCUUACCGAAACACCAUUACGGACGAGUUCAGCUCUGAAAACGAAUCGUACACCACCAUCGUCGACUUUGAGCCCCACCUCGGCAUACCGCUCCGCGGCGCGAUUCGCUUGCAAUUCAACGUGAUCAUGCGGCCGAUUAAUAUUAACAAACAAGUUCUUCCCAUGACCGAGAAAUGGCCCAGAGCGAUGUUUCCAAUAUUUUGGUUGGAAGAUGGUUUUCAAUUAACUGAUGAAUUAGUGGAAGAAAUUGAUUCCAAGUUGGUUGGUCCGUUGACACUCGCUGACGCUGUUCAGUGGUCGGUUGUGGGAGUUGGAGCGGCACUAUCUGUCUUGUCCAUAAUCUUACUACUGGCUUGCCGGCGGUCAGAAAAACUUGCAUUGCAAUAGAGUAGAGUAGACCUUUUUUACAUUUGUACCUACUGUUAAUAAUUGAUCGAUAUUUUAUUAAUUUAAUUUCCUUUACUUGGCAUUUAUAAUCGUCACAUAUGAGUGUAGUUCAGUUUAACGGUAAGCCCACGUUAACUGGUAAAAAGACAUUUUUUUUAAUAUCUCAUAUUUCAAUUACUUCAAACGACACUUCAAGAUAUUCUUGGGUGUAAUGAGAUGAAUCAUACAUAGCUCAGUUUGAUUUGAAGUACUGCCCUAGUUUUAAUGCUGUAAUAUGUCAUAAUAAAUGUAAUUAACCGUAAUUAAAUAGAAUUAAGAG